GGAUGGAGUGUCACACUGCCAUUAUUUUGGCCAUUUUGGCCGUCAGAGCUGUUUGGCACCCAAGGGCAAUUCUCUCUUUACACGAAUCAGACUUCAAGAAAGGAUGAAAUGAUGAAUGGAGGCAGCCGCAUGGUGUCAACAGAGUGAUAGUCAGUGUUUGAAGCCCUUCCUUUGGAUUUGCAUUCCUAAUUCAACCAAUAGAUUGAUAGACUGACAGUUGCGUUCGGAAUCCAUUCUUCAAGCCCACAUCGCAUUGCUAAUAUUACAUCGCCAAAUACCAGUACAACAACACAGCCUUCACGAUACCAUGAGCAAGCAAAUGACAUGUUCCUUCUUCCCAGCUCACUGCUCCCACAUCUUUCCCUUUGUCCCACGAACUUUUGACUUGAUCUUUCCCGAGGAUGUUGCCCAGGCUUGUCCCGAGCAGGUCAUCACGCUGGGCUCCAACAACCAGAAUAUCCGAAGACCCGUUCUGGCACUCUUUGCACUGCUGGGUAUUGUUACUGGCAUUGUGGGAGGAUUGCGCUUUCUCCAACAAAGCCUUCAACACAAGACAACCUCUGUCAUUAGUAUUCUGCAAAAACCGACCAUCUAUUGGUCCGUCGCGUUCUUGUCGUUUGGAACCAUGAACUUGAGUGGAUUGUUUCUGCAUUGUUUGACGGAUCCCACCAUUAGCAGUCCCAUCGAACGACCGCUUUUGUGGAUUGGAGAUACGUGCAGCACGGGGGUGUUUGGCGUUGCCCUUUGGGCGGCUGCAUUGAUGGAAGCAUUCCCAGCGGCCUGGCAAUUACUCCAAGGGAAGACAAAGCUGUGGGGCAGUAACAACCACAGCAGACUCGAGGCCAUGGCACAAACUGCUGCCAAAUUGCUCAUUCCGUGUGCUUGGGCACUUAUCAAUCUGGUCGGAGUGGGAACCGUACUCUACUUUUUGUGGUUCCGCAACCAGCCUGCUGAUGAUCAUAUAAUGACAAGAAUGAUCCCCGCAUCCUUACCAUUGGAAAUGUGGUAUGCGAUACCAGCUACAUCCUUGGCAUCCCAUGCAUUGGUUCUCAUGCUCCUGUGUUGCCGACCCUUUUCCAAGGGAUUGCUCCUGACAUAUAUCAGCAGUUAUGUCACCUUUUUGGUCGCAUUGGGCGAUCCCUGGUUGUGCCGUCAGUUUGGAAACUCCAUGAGUGAUCUAUUCACCACUGCCACGCUCUUUUUUGCAUCUACGGAUGUGUUGUUUCUGGGAAUUUGGGUCUGGUUGGAAGACUAUCGCAAAAUGCAACAACAACAACAGCAGCAACAACAACACAAAGAAAAGCAUGCUUGAGCAGCUAAACAAACACAACUGGUUCGUUGGAGAAAUAAAAUGACACAUCACACUUUUCCCAGAGAAGCACCUCGAAUGAUACCGUCGGAUGCAACAAAAGGGUGCCAGGCUAAGACGCGGUACCUGGUACCGGUAUCUGGGCAUUCGGUGGGCGCAAGGCACCGUUCCGGCUACUAGAAAGAAUUUUAUGGUGCCGGAGAUCAUCUAUCUGAUGAUGCAACUAGAACCUAUCUUGAACUAGCUAGCUCAUCUGUACAAAAACAAUGUAGUUGCCAACUUUAGCUACUGUAUUUGAUACUAAGUUAGUCAAUGUACAGUUUCUUGUGCU